AUGGUCACAUCACCUCAUGCUCUAGCACAAAACGAAGACAGCCAAAUAGAUGCUCUGUUGAAGUGGAAAGCAAGCCUUGACAACCAAAGCAAGGUGUUACUCUCUUCAUGGAUUGGUAAUAAUCCUUGUGGUUGGGAGGGAAUCAGAUGUGAUAAUAACUCUAAAUUCAUCUACAAGAAAAAUCUCAACAAUAUGGGAUUAAGAGGUACCCUUCGUAGUCUCAAUUUCUCAUCAUUUCCAAAUGUCCGCCAUUUAGUUUUAAGAAACAACUUUUUUUAUGGAGUUGUUCCACACAAUAUUGACAAGUUAGUCAACCUCGAGAAACUAGUUCUUUAUAAUAAUAAUUUUUCUGGCUCCAUUCCUCGGGAAAUUUUCAAGUUGAUCAAACUUGACACUCUAAAUCUUGGUAAUAAUAGUUUUUUUGGCUCCAUUCCUCGGGAAAUUUUCAAGUUGAUCAAACUUGAGACUCUAAAUCUUGGUAAUAAUUAUAUUUCGGGCUCCAUUUGUGGUGAAAUUGAAAAGUUGAUCAAACUCAAGAGACUAUAUCUUGAAACUAAUAGUAUUACUGGCUCCAUUCCUCGAGAAAUUGGAUCUUUAAACCAACUCAUUCAACUUGAUUUGUCUCGCAACCAUCUCUCUGGCCCAAUCCCUUCGACCAUUGGAAACUUGAGCAAUUUGAAAUAUCUUUAUCUUUAUAUAAACAAUCUCACUGGUAUGAUCCCAAUUGAAGUCACAAAGCUCAAUUCUCUUUUAACAAUCCAAUUGUCGUCAAAUAACCUCUUCGGACCAAUACCAUCAUCAUCUAUAGGUAACUUGAUUCAUUUGAAUUCUAUUUGGCUUGAUGAUAAUAACCUGUCCGGACCAAUUCCAACAUCUAUAGAUAAUUUGGUUAAUUUGAGUCUUAUUAGUCUUUCCAAAAAUAACCUUUCUGGACCAAUUCCACCGUCUAUAGGUAAUUUGAUCAAUUUGAAUGAUAUUCACCUUGAAAUCAAUAAUCUUUCGGGAUCAAUCCCUUCAUCCAUUAGAUUGGUUUAUAUAGUGAAGAUACAAUUAUUAUAAUUGAUUUUCUCCUUAAUGGAGAAUAAAGAAAAAUAAAGAUAGUAUUAAAAGAAAUAAUAAAACCGAAAAUAAUAUAUUUUCCAACAGCAUGGACGAAGCAAGCACGUCGAAAUGAGGUUCCAUUAUCUUGAGAGCAAGUAGCAGAAGCGAAACUGGAAUUGGAACACUACAGAACUGAGAAUCAGAUUGCAGACAUCAUGAAAAAAGGAGUGUAGGUCGAUUUAUUCAAGAAGUUAAGAUCUAUGAUGAAUGUAAAUAGCUUAGACACAAUGAAUUAAAUGGUGUAUUGAGAAUGUAAUUCAUGGUGUCGAAGCAUCUUGCUGUCGAAACACCUAAGUGUCGAAGUGUUGGAGAGUUAGCCUCGACAUUGAUUUUUACUUAGGCCCAAUUUUAUAGUCUUAGUAGAAUUAGGUAUUUUUGGUUUUGCUUGAGGAUCAAGCAAACCCAACUCUAUAAAUAUGGAGUAACCCUUAUUGAUUGUAACAUAACACAUACUUGUAAU